CGGAGUUUUCUCUUGGUGGGUGGGACUACUGCCCUUUCUCACACAUUAGGCUUGUUUCCUGGUCGUUGCUAAUAUCCUGCUGCCUGAAACUUCGUCUGUCCGCAGUUCAUUCAUGCUCUGACAGCUUACGUCUGCGGGGCUUUAGAAAGGCGUGUGAGGAUGAAUCCGUGUCUACACUGACUGCACUCUCAGCUCCGUGCUGGCCUCAUGGUGCUCCGUGUCUCUCUGCCAGCUUUCUGACGCUCGGGGCUGCAGUCUGGCCUCCAGCAGCGGCUGCGAAUUAUAACUUCAUCUGUCAGCGUCACCUUGCUCUGAAGUCAUGUUUAUUUUAUGAAGAUGGCGGUGAGGGGGACACUGUGAACUAAAUGACUGUCAGAAACAUCGCCUCCAUUUGUAAUAUGGGCACCAAUGCCUCUGCUCUGGAGAAAGACAUUGGCCCGGAGCAAUUCCCGAUCAAUGAACACUACUUUGGAUUGGUCAACUUUGGAAACACUUGUUACUGUAACUCAGUGCUCCAGGCUCUGUACUUCUGCCGACCUUUCCGGGAGAACGUGUUGGCCUACAAAGCCCAGCAGAAGAAGAAGGAGAACCUGCUCACAUGCCUGGCUGACCUCUUCCACUCUAUCGCCACGCAGAAGAAGAAAGUGGGCGUCAUCCCACCCAAGAAGUUCAUCUCCCGCCUACGGAAGGAGAAUGACCUGUUUGACAACUACAUGCAACAGGAUGCCCACGAAUUCCUCAACUACUUGCUGAACACAGUUGCCGACAUCCUGCAGGAGGAGAAGAAGCAGGAAAAGCAGAACGGACGCCUCAAGAACAACGGCACCAACGUCACCACGGAGACCGAGGUGGAGAACAAGACCGAACCCACGUGGGUUCACGACAUCUUCCAAGGCACGCUGACCAACGAGACACGCUGCCUCAACUGUGAGACGGUGAGCAGCAAAGAUGAGGAUUUUCUAGAUCUUUCUGUUGAUGUGGAGCAGAACACAUCAAUAACACACUGUCUCAGGGACUUCAGUAACACAGAGACUUUGUGCAGUGAAUACAAAUACUACUGUGAGAUAUGCUGCAGCAAGCAGGAAGCACAGAAGCGGAUGCGUGUGAAGAAGCUUCCUAUGAUCCUGGCACUACACCUGAAGAGGUUUAAGUACAUGGAGCAGCUGCACCGCUACACCAAGCUGUCGUACAGAGUGGUUUUCCCCCUAGAACUCCGCCUGUUUAACACAUCUGGGGAUGCCGUCAACCUGGAUCGCAUGUAUGAUCUGGUGGCUGUGGUGGUCCACUGUGGCAGUGGCCCAAACAGAGGUCAUUACAUCACCAUAGUGAAGAGCCACGGCUUUUGGCUGCUGUUUGACGAUGACAUCGUGGAGAAAAUUGAUGCCCAGGCCAUCGAGGAGUUUUAUGGGCUUACCUCAGACAUCUCCAAGAACUCCGAGUCGGGAUACAUCCUCUUCUACCAGUCCAGGGAGUGAGCGGAGCUUCACCACUGACACAGGAUGAGACUGAAUAGGAUGAAACCUUUUCCCCCCCUUUACCUUCAGCCUAAAAAUUUCAGACUUAUGUCAUCUCCGUCCGUCCUCCAAGUCAGAGCUCUCUGACGUAUGUGCCAGUACUCUGUCCCAGUGUCAGCAUCUGGGCUUAGCUGCGUAUCAUCUCUCUAUGUAAGUUGCUUCUUGUCUUUUAGUCACCUGCAUCUAGACUGCACUUUAAAGCAAAAUUAAAAAUGGUCAAGAGUAUGAGAUAAACUACAAGGAGUCUACAUCCGCAUUGAGCCCCACAGACAUGGUGUAGACUAGUGGGAGAAGCCUGCAGAGGUGAUUCUCUGCCAGGAGAAGGGGCUGGUGCAUAUACAGUUGACAGACAGCUGUCAGAAAUUGUACUGCAUCAUUUAUAUAUAAAUAAGGUCUGCUGUCUUGAUAAUAAUUCCUUUCAAUAUGGGCUUUUGUCCCAUCAAUGCCCAGUGUUCAUGUCCCUGGUGGAUACAUGAGAAGCGGGUGGAGGUCGAGAUAAACACCAACUAAUACACAUAGAGAUACAGUAUCUGAAGCAAUAUCUGAGCUUGAAUUGGACAACUCACAAGGUUAAAUCUACCUAAAUGGAGUAACUCGUUGACAGUAUAGAGAUUCACUGUGAGCUGCUGUCAGCUAUGACAACUCAUGUUAACCUAACCUGAUACAGUCCAAUACUUUAACACUUAAUCCAACCGAGCCACAUGCUUUAACACUACACGUGAAUGGAGAACUGAUGGAUCUCCAUCCAAAUCAGCUGAACCUUUAUUUUUAAACUUAUAGAACCCCUAUUUAUUGAACAUAUUUAUUACUGUUAUUUGUAAGGCUGGCUGGUAGAUAAUGAAGGUGUCUGUGGCAUUUUUAAGAGCUUUGUAUGUUAAGACUGAUGUCUAAACUCUCAGGGCAAUAUUUUCCUGCCAUAGGAUGCAGCGCUAAACUCGUAUCAACAUGCACGUGUUCAACAAUGUUUUGCAAUUUUGCUUUUGUGCAAAGGCAGGCGUUACUGUCCACAUUGUGGUGGAGAAGCUCGAUACAUUAUUAUAGGGAGGAAUGCAUGGUGCACGUGGAGUCGGGGCUGGCUUUAGUUAUGUCCAAUCAAACCAAGUUAUUAUACAUACAGUGUGUAUCACCCACUUUAUCUCCACCUACAGCUGCUUUCAAAGCUGAUCAAAACCACCAUAAAGUGCAAAAACACAAUGUGUAUCCUUGCGGUAGUAACAAAGGUAUGUCUGUGUGAAACUUGAUCACCUCUGGCUGUGUCCUGUAAGGACAGAUAGUGCAUCCUGAUGCACACUGGCACGGUUUGAUCAUAUUCAUAUCUGUAGCCACAUGACUGAGAACUAGUUUAUCUUAUUUAAAAAUAAAAUAAUCUUUCUAAAUUAUCACACGUAUUUCAUGAUGCAAAUUAUUUACCUGUCAAUUCCAGCAGAUCAAUUGUGGAUUUGGCCUUUAAAAUUGAUUUGGGUACCUGAUCUUCCCAGCCUACGCCUUAAAAUUUGGAAAAUUGCAAAUUCACAUGUGAAAGUGAUAAGAUGCGGUCUGAGCAGGUGUUACUGUUAUUUUGGGUCAAAAUGAGAACAGAAUUGUUGCCUAAUCAGCAUACACACAGCCUGAACUGCACCUCUCCUCCCACCUCAGUGUAAGCACAUUUGUUCAUGGCAGGAAAAUGUCAAAUACACCAAUGUGCAAAAAAAGUAGAUGAACGCCCCAGGAAGACUGCAAAAGGACUGCGACUGAAGCGAUUCAGAAAUUGUGCUGGCAGGAAAAUAGAGCCCCCAGUGUGGAGGGCAUGGUGUAUCUAAAACAACAGGUUAAACAAAGGUUUUCAUCAGGUUAAUUUUGUAGUAUGCAUGUUAAAUAAAAAUAUACAACAGAUUAACAUGAUGAAAGUUAGACAUCCCACAACUACCUAAGCUUUUAACAUGGAAAAGUGAAAACAGUGCAAUAAGAGGUGAAGUUUUUCAAUGUUGGUAGUGGAUGUGUUUCUUAGCAGCCUGUCCCCCCUGCUGUGUCUGUGAUAUCAAACUCAAUCCUCCUCUACAUCACGUGCAAUGCACGCGACCUGCUGGGAUGUUGGCGACAGUGUUCUUUCAUCCCUCUUUUUGUUUUUUUUUUAAACCCUUUUCAUUCCUGUGUUAAGCUACAGCUUAAUGACUCUUUCAUGGGUUGUCUCUGACUUUGGUGAUGUAAACUGUAUUAUGUUGCACAUUGGAAUCCUAAAUCCCAUAGAGGUAAACAUCAAGCUUCACUGAUAAUUAAUACAAUAUUUCUUGUACUGUAGAUGUUUUCCCCAGGGUUUGUUGCCAUGCCCUGUACAAUAGUGCAACAUCAAACAACUUGUUUUCAUGGUAAUAACACUCUUGUUUGCUGCACAUCAGAGGAAACUGUCAUUUCAGACACAUCUCAUUAUAAAGAAAAGAGGCUGGAAUACCAUUAAUUUGCUAGCUUAGUGUCUGUGCUUUACAGCAGAGGCAGGAUUUAAAGUGAAAACAGAAUCUUGGGGUGUUGAAUGCACUGGUUUCUGCUGCCUCUUCUUCUUAGUCUGUUACCAGGUGAAUACGUGCCAAACUGGAGUCUAUGCUGACCUUGCAACAGUCUUUAACAGAACAUUAUUUUCUUUGUAAAGUUACACUGUACAUACGUAUUAUGUAGAAAAACACUUCUCGAAAUAGGAGAAUAUUUUUUUAAAGUGAAAAUCUUUAAAUGUAUAGACACUAACUGAAAUAUUUUAGCUUAUCACCAUUAAUGAAACCCUGUAAUUGUGCUAUAUUACAAUCACUCUAACAUAAUCAGUCAGAACUGUUUAGAAGUUUCCUCUGCUGCAAUAUUGCUAUUACCGGGUUGAACUGAGUCACAGGAAUAGUUUGAAACAGCUUAAGUUCAGGUGAGAGGACAGAGACUAUUAACACGCUGAUCUUCCAUUAACACUUGCACUCACCCUCACUCAGAUGCUCAGCUGCUGCACUUGGUCUUGUACUGUGAUAUGAUAGUACUCUGCCUAGGACAUGCAGCUGCAGAGAGUCCUCCAUCAGAUGGGUGCUGACUGAGCUUGGCUGUUUGGCUGUAAACUUAAAGUGCACUUUAUUAGUAAUGAGCUUCAGUGCUUUAACAAGAAGAACCACAGUCUAACACUUUUGAGGUUUUUUUUUCUUCUGUUCAAUAAAAUGUUCAUUUAAAUCAACUGACUUGCCUGAUUGUUUUUGUUCACCUGCUGCUUACUGUUAUUUUCCAGAGUAGGAGGAUGAACUGGCUUCCUCCUUUAAUUUUUAGCCAUGCUAGCAGCAUUGACCUAUGAAUGGCACUGUCAUAUAGUUGGUUCAACACUUUGACAUCUGAGACAUCUGAACUGUUGGAUGGAUUUUCAUUAACUUCAUUGGUCAUAACAUUCAUGGUCCCCAGAGAGCGACGUCUGCUGGCUUUGGCUUCAUGCCUCCAGCAGGUCGAAGUUGCCGUUUAUCCAGUGAACUAUCUCAACAUUUAUAAUUGGCUCCAAAUUUUGCAGAAAUAUAUCCUAAUUAUUUUCAAAGUCCCAGAACUUUAGAUCCACCAUGAGGUUCAUAUUUGUGGUUUUGGGAGAAACGUUGCAACAGUUAUUUGGAUGGUUUGCCAUGAAAAUUCAUAAACCCAUACAGUAUAUGUUCCUUUUCCCCCCCUCUCUCUAGUGCCACCAUCAGGUCAAAAUUAUAGUUUAUCAGAUACUUUGGAUUAUGGCCAUAUACCCGAAUAAA